UUCUUACCCUGCGAUCAUUUUCAGGAACCCUAAUUCUUAAUACUCAUUUUCGUUAGGAUGUUGAAUCGAUUUCCAAAUGAGUAGGAAUAAAAAAAAAAAAAAAUGAUCCGAUUGAGCGUGAGGAACAGAUGACCAGUCGUAAGAAGAAAGCAGUUGCUGAGUCUUCUGGUCUCUUGCGAAGCCUCCUUCCCUGGAAGCAAGAGGUUACAGAUGAAGAAUUGCAAAGGUGGUUUCAUGGACCAUUUAUGGGAGGGUUUUCUGCUGGAUACUAUAAUACUGUGGGCUGUAACGAGGGGUGGGCUCCACAGUCAUUUACCUUGUCCUGGAAGAACCAGGCUGAAGUUAAAAAGCAGAGUAUGUUUACCAUCUUAGAUGAUGGUGAGAAAGUGGAAAUGGAAGGCAGUUCCCUGGGGAAUCUUUGCAGUUUGAUACAUUUGGAUUUGCUGCUGCAGAACUUGCUCGAAAACAAGCAAAGGUACUGUCAAGUGCAUUUCAUGCAUAUUGCUCAAUGGGGUUAUCAAUAGGUUUAUAACCUCGUUAAAGUUGGAUCUACUUACCUCAGUUAGCACUUACUAUUUUACUGCUAGUUUAAAAUCUCAGGAGGCAAACCCUCAAAAAGUCCGAACUAUGACGUGUUCAAAUUCACCACGGUUGAAUUCCCUGUAACUGAAUGUAAAUUAAAAAGUGCUCCUAAUACUUAUGAAGCAAUCCAUAAGCACAUUUCCCAUGAAAGCGGAAACUUACUAUUUUGAACAGGGAUAAACUGGAAUAAGGUUCCAUUGGAAAUGAGCUCAUAAACCCAUAGAGUCACUUCUGUA